UCACCAGCAGGGGGAUACGGAGGAUGGGAGCUGAUGAUGUCAGAUGUCAUUAGCAUAUUUCUGACUAUAUCUAAUGCUUGCGCAAAGACGCGCCACUACUGCUGCAACGCACUGACCAGAGAUCAUCCAGCCAACGGACACCACUUCGACUAUCUGCAAAAAUGAGUGACAAGCCUGACGUGUCAGAGGUGACCAGCUUCGACAAGACCAAGCUAAAGAAGACGGAGACGCAGGAGAAGAAUCCCCUGCCUACAAAAGAAAUGAUCGAACAGGAGAAAGCCUCGUCGUGAAGCCCCUUCCUCCCGUCAUGCACUGUACACCCCCUCCUCCUCCCGCAUUGCCUUGUUUUCAGUCACUUCUUUUAGCUGUAUAACUUUGUAACCGAAAUUAUGGAACGACAACGAUAACCAAGCUGCACAGCCCGUGGACGGGUGAUGCUUUCGCCAGGGCGGUCGGCCACGUCCCCUCGACAAACCCCGCCUCGACCACCUUCAUGCUCGUCUAUGUGAGGAGGAUUUGUCUGAGGCGGAGGAGGGGAGCUGCAGAAGGUGCACGUCUCUUCUUCACCUUAACAUCGACGUGCGGCAGAUAAGAGAGGCCUAAGGGACGGGGCGUGGCCUGCGUCCCAGGAAGCUCAUCAGCGUCUCACACAUCACCACCGACACCCAACUUCCUGUGUGGCUGCUUUUGCGCCCCAGCUGUGGCGUCAAGCUUUUUUUUUUGUUUUUUGUUGUUUCUUCGUCUUCUAAUUUUCGGAAAUGCACAACUUUGUUUGUACGCUGGCCAAAAUGUAAAUGCCCCAAAAAUUGAUACUGUUGUCUGUCACAACGUUUUUUUUUUCUUUUUGUAUGUACACGAGGAUUAAAAAAAAAAGUGUAACGGAUUCCAUCUAGAUCUGGGAGAUGCUCAAACUUACGGACCUUAUUUACGGUUAAAUUUGACCACCCUUUUGCCGGAGUGAUUUGGGAUAGUUUUUGUGUUGCAAUCUGUUUCUGAAUUGUGUCAAAUGAGGAAAAGGAAAACAAAAAAAAUACACCGGCAAUUGAUUCCAUUAGUUUGCUUUCGACAGAUGAAAAUUUUUUGGAGUUCCAGCAGUCAUGUUACUCUGCCACAAACCAUUACCAGAAAUGGAAAACCGUGAAGUGUUGUAAUAAAAAAGAAUUUGUUACUAAAGAA